AUGGACUCAAACAUAUCCUCCCCCUCGAAAGUCAAACCAGCAUCUUCACGACUCCGUGGUGUACCACUGUCUAUGUCUCGGAUGUCACCUGCCAUCGCAAAUGAUAUGCCCAGCGCCAUCCGACCUCGGUUUUCGCUGGCCAGCAUUGCUGCCUUACGCUUGAAUAUAUCCAAUACUCAGGAAUUUAGCGAGAGCGAACGCCAGGCGGCUGCACGCGCGCUGCUCAGACAUGAUGCCCAUCAAGAUGGCACUCAUUUUUAUACCAGGAAACCCGCUGGCCUUCAUCCUUCAUACAUCGGUUUCAACUCAUAUACAACGUUGGAUGAGAACUCAAUCACACAUGAGGGAUUUGUUGAGGCAGCGUUGCAGGACCUCUUUGAUGCAGAUGCUAAUAGCAUGGGGAACAAUAGGCCACAAUGCAAGACCGUCUCGAUGGUGGGAUCUCUCUCAUUAUUCGUUGUCCUGGGUCCGAAGGCUUUUGCAGAAGAGUUUGCAAUUCCACAUUUGCAGCGCUUCACAGAGCGCUGCCGCAUUGAGGGUAUUGUUCCUCCUUUCCACUACCCAGCGAGUCAGGUCAAUCUAUCUGCAGUCCCGCACUUGCCGGCACCAACAACUGCCACAGGCUCCCACAUUCGUUGUUCGGCACGUCCUUCUCGUCAGUUCCAGCACGAUCUUCAAGCCAACGCCGAGUCCAACACAGUGACCUCCUCUGCUGUUCGGGAGGGUAGAGCUAUGGCACUUUUGGACUCCAACACGCCACCUAACAAGAUCCGACAGUGCCGGCCUGCUGAUGCGUUUUUCACUAAGGGUUUGACGGUUCCCGGACACGAAAUACAAGGGAUGCGAGAAGCAGCAUCCUUUACACCACUAAUUAGCCUUGGCCCGCACACAGAUGCCAUACUUGAUCGUUUCAAAAUGGAUGAUGCGGUACUCCUGAAGCUUCGUGCACUCGUCGGGUCCGUUCACAGCAGCCGUUGGGAAGUGGUGCUCCGAUCCCCCAAAUGGGAUCUAACGUACGAACAGGCUUCAAAUUUAGCUAGAGCCCUUCUCAUGGACGUUCAGGGAGUGCAUCAAAAGAUCGUUCGAUAUUUUUGCAUGAACUUUGCUACCCCAAUGGUUUCGCAUACCUUCACGGCGACAAACAGCUGCAGACGUGUCCAAGCCCAACCUCAUCGCCGUCCAAAGGUGACCCUUAGCAAGGAGGCUCGUGCAGCUCUAACUGCCCAACGUCGCAAUAAAUCACGUCAAUUUAAGACAGCUCUUCACAAUGCUUGGAGCGAGCUUGACGAUACUGUGAAAACCAUCGCGUCCUCGCAUCAUAAGAGUUUUUGUCGCGUCCAGAAUGACUUGUGCAUGGGCCGCGGGAUGUUACGCUACCAACGUUCAAAGUUGAGUGCAUGGAACGCGUUCUGCUGGAAGAAGCGCCAUGAAGAGAAGGACAACGGUAACAGCGUCUCUGUCCUUAGCAUAUACAAACUGACAUCACAUCAAGGGGCCACGGGCAAGACUGUAUUGCAAGAUCUCGUUAGGGACGAGAACCGCACUGAAUAUCGCAGUCUCACGGACGACGAGAAGGCACAGCUUUUGCAGGAGUACCAGGAACACAGGGAGACGAAGGCUACUGGCAUCCAUAUCUCAACAAAAUCGAAAGUCAACGACGUAACACAGACACUCAAGGCUGUCGAGAAUGAGCUCAGCAAUCUGAAGAUGCGGACGGGUGCCGAGACUAUUCUCUACACGACACGCGGCUCCACAGAUCUCCCCCUCCGUGGUAUUUCUUUUGCAACCAAAGGAGUUGACGAGUUCAUGAGCUCUGUGAUGAAUAUCGAUAACCAGGAUCUCGCGCUGCAAGAAAUCACAAAAAACGCAUAUCAGAUAUUCGGAGCACAAUCUGACUUGAGAUCAACAAGACACUUCGAAAUCACACAGGAUCCGAAAGCACGGAUGCAUUGGGCGCACUACUGGCGCAAUGUCGUCCAACGCUACCUUGUCGUCAUCGAAGGCUGGCCCGAAAAUAUUCCUUUUGUCAACCUUAGCACCGUAUCCAGUGCCCUCCCUGACUUGGAGAUGCUUUUGAAUAAAUGGGAAACCGGAGAAAUCCAUUGGAGGGACCUGGAAGAAGAUGAGUACGAGAAACUUCGUCAAGAACAUUGUGAGAAGGUCAGCAGCGGUGAGGUCAUUGAAAAACGCCGCCGGACUCGCUCUGACAAAGGAAAGAAGCGCAACCAGCCUUUGGACAAUUCUGGUCACCGCAGGAAAAUGUAUAAGAGUGCUGAAACUGUUGUAAGUGAUGAUGAGUCGGAUGCACCUGGCAAUACGGCCACCCAUGAGCAUACACCUACCGUUAAUGCCCCUUCUGGCCAUAUAACAAACCCUGGGCCCACACCAUCCACUCCGCCCACUAUCCCAAGCCCGUUCCCCGAGAUCAGAUCACCUACUCCGCCUGCUAUCCCAAGCCUGUUCCUCCCCCACAUUAGAUCACCCACUCCGCCCGCUAUCCCAAGUCUGUUCCUCCCUGAGAUUAGAUUACCUACUCCGCCCGCUAUCCCAAGUCUGUUCCCCCCCGACGACGAUAUGUUUGGCAUGUCCAAUUACUUGCCUGCAGGCAGCCCUGGUGCUGGUCCAUCUAUUGGCACGAGGUCAUCCGAAUUUAAUUUUCUAGAAUUCAUGAGCUUUGAUUAG